GUGGAUGUCCGGGAGGUGAAUGGUCUCUUUGGAAACACGAAGAAGCUCAUCACUGAAGUGUUUGUGAGGCAGAAGUACCUUGAGUACAGACGAAUCCCCCACACUGACCCAGCCGAGUACGAGCUCCUCUGGGGCCCCCGAGCAUUCCUCGAAACCAGCAAGAUGCUUGUCCUGAGGCUCCUCGCCAAGUUCCACAAGAAAACUCCACAGUGCUGGCCUCUCCAUUACCUUGAAGCCCUGGCGGAGUGUGAAUCUGAAGACGACGACGGUGAUGGUGAUGAUGAUUCUGACUCCGGUGACAAUCCUGGCAACCCCACCAGCAGUCCCCCUCCCAGCUAAAAACUGCAGCAGACAUCCCACUCAUUUGGUUUCCCUGGCCAGAGGCCACUGACAGUGUUGGGGGGGCAUUUUGUUUCUAGUAUUUCUGUUCCAGUACCAUGUGUGUAAGUUUGGAUUUCCCAUUUGGUUCCAUA